AUGCCUGAUGAUGAGAUUCACGAUGUUCUUGGUCUAACAACUCUUCAUGAACCAUUGCCUCCUACCAGUGUCGCGGCGGAUCUCGUCUUUAUUCAUGGAUUGGGAGGGGGCAGUCGGAAAACAUGGUCCUAUUCCCUUGAUCGGUACCACUACUGGCCGCAGUCAUGGCUUGCAAACGACUCAGACUUCGCAGAUAUGCGCAUUCACUCCUAUGGUUACAAGGCCAAUUGGGGCGAACGACAGAAAAGUAUCAUGAGUAUUCGCGACUUCGCUGAGUCAUUGGUAGCGGAACUGAAGAAUAGCCCCAGUAUACGGCGUAGUAAUACACGUAUUAUAUUUAUCUGUCAUGGUAUGGGCGGAUGCAUCGUCAAUAAGGCCUACAUUCAAGCACGUGAAGAUCCAACCUCCAAAGCCCUCGCUGACAGAGUGCACUCGGUCUUUUUCCUAGGUACUCCCCACAGGGGUAGUGACCUCGCAAUAACCCUCAAUAACCUGUCCAGAAUCACACGGAGGACGAAACCGUUCGUCUCUGACCUCAUACCCGACUCGUCUACAUUGUGGGACAUCACUGAAGAGUUUCGGCACUAUGCCUCGGAUUUGCGCCUCUGGUCCUUUUACGAAACGCGUCCCUCUAAGCUCAGGAUGCGGAAAAAAAUCGUGGUUAAGAGAGGGUCGGCUACGCUUGGUUACCCCCAUGAAGAGAUUUCCGCAAUGAACGCCGAUCAUCGCCAAUUGUGUAAAUUCAAAAGUCCAAAAGAUCCCAAUUAUCGCCUACUACGAAACGCUCUUCACACGGCCGGGGACAUGAUAAGGUCGUUGCCUUCCUUAGAUGCCGCCCCUUUACAAACUGGUGUUACCUUGGCUUCGGCUCAGCAGGAUUCUGAUCAAGAGAGUAACUAA